GCGGUCCAUCCAGCAUCUCAUUGAGAUAGAGCCUGGCAGUAGGACUCCUAAAAGAGCAGUGUAUAGGAUGUUCCCACGGGAGUUUGAGGAGCUGCGCAAACAAUUAGAUGAACUCUUAGAGAAGGGUUGGAUUAGGCCCAGUUCGUCUCCAUUUGGAGCACCUGUUCUAUUUGUCCCAAAGAAGGAGGGAGAGCUUAGAAUGUGCAUUGACUAUAGGGGUCUCAAUGCUCUCAAUGCUAUCACAGUGAAGAAUGCGGAGCCACAGCCCCAUAUAGACGAUCUCUUAGAUCGGGUGCAGGGUUGUAAGUAUUUUUCAAAGAUAGACUUGAAGUCCGGAUAUCAUCAGAUAGAGGUCCAUCCUGAUGAUCAGUAUAAGAUUGCGUUCCGGACUAGGUAUGGGCACUACGAGUAUAUAGUUAUGCCCUUUGGACUAACCAACGCGCCAACAAGUUUUUGUCGCUGUAUGAACGACUUGUUUAGGCGGUGGUUAGACAGGUUUGUAGUAGUCUACUUAGAUGACAUUCUAGUGUUCAGUAGGACCCUCCAGGAGCAUGAGUGUCAUCUAAGGCAGGUCUUGGAGAAGCUGAGAGAAGCCAACUUCAAGAUCAAUGUAAAGAAGUGCGAAUGGGCAAAGACCCAAGUUUUGUAUUUAGGCCAUGUCUUAGACGGAGACGGCAUCAAACCAGAAGAUAGUAAGAUCGCAGCGAAUAGAUAUUGGCCUACACCACGCACGUUGACAGAGUUGCGGUCAUUCUUAGGCCUAGCUAACUAUUACAGGAAGUUUGUAAGGAACUUCUCCACCAUCGCUGCUCCCCUCCGCAGGUUGCUGAAGAAAGAAACAAUCUGGAAGUGGGACAAGGACUGCACGUCUUCCAUGAAAAAGUUGAAGCAAGCGUUGAUAGAGUACCCAGUCCUUAAGGUAGCCGAUCCGUCCUUACCUUUCGUCGUUACCACUGACGCGAGCCAGUAUGGUAUAGGUGUUGUCUUACAGCACGACGAUGGCAACAGAUAUAGACCCGUAGAGUUCAUGUCUGCUAGGAUGCCUUCAGAGAAGGUAGCGACAUCCACCUACGAGAGGGAACUUUACGCUCUCAGGCAAGCAUUAGAACACUGGAAGCACUACUUGCUUGGGAGGCACUUCAAAGUCUACUCAGACCACGAGACAUUAAGUGAGGAGAUCUGUAGUUUGAUCCUAGGGGAAUGCCACGAUACUGAGGGACAUUUUGGUUGGCAAAAGACUCUAGCUGACCUCAUGCGCGCGUAUAUAUGGUCUGGGAUGAAGGCCGACUGCACAGAGUAUGUUCGCAGUUGUAAGUGCCACGUUAGCAGUGCCACAUCAGCAACAGUGCCACGUCAGCAACAGUGCCACGUCAGCAGUACCAUGUCAGCAACAGUGCCACAUCAGCAGUGCCCUGCCACCAUGACGGUCGCAAUUCUGGGCAUGCCAGGCCAACUGGCCAAUGAGUCCAUUGCCGAGUACCGAAAGCGGUUCCGAGCUCAGCUCGCAUUGAUUGAGGCUGAGGAAAAGCGGCGCAUGGCAGCCGAGACUGCCCGCCUACAGGCUGAAGCAGCGGCAGUAGCUGACAAGCAGCGACUUCAGGCCGAAGCUGACGCAGAUGCCCAGUCCGAGCUGGCGACUCUCCAACGGGCGGUGCGGAACAACAAGGAUCUGCACGAGGAUGCUACACGGGCACUUGAUUCCCGUGUACAGGACUUGGAGCAAGUUGCACCAAGACCAGAUGCUGGCGAGUCCAACAGCGCACCCUUUACCCGCCAAUUGGAGGAACGAGUUGACCAUGUAGUCGCAAUGCUCGGCCACAUCAGCACCUUCGUUGCACCAGCCACCAUCAGCAAGCACCUGGACACCUUGAAGACCGAGGUUCAGCAACUGCACCAGCUGCCCAACAAGGAUGGCAACACCAGUGCGCAACACUACAAGAUGCCGACAUUCCGCAUCGAAAAGUUCGAUGAUUAUACGCAUCAAGACCCGGUCCCCUGGUGGGAAGGCUUUACGACGGAACUUCGGAUUCUGUUUGUCCCCGAGCACUCAUGGCAAAAGAUUGUGGCAACGCCUGAUCUCGGGUUGCCAUUUUCGCAUCUGCGCCGUGAGUUCUACAACCGGUCAUGUGUCGCCUUGAGCCUAGCACUUGGUGAUUGCGAGCAAUACACGACCUUCGCCGAAAUCAUCGACAAGUCAAGGGAGAUCAUCAAGACCAACAGGGCGGCUGCACACGAGAAGUCAGCAUGGCAGCCAAUCUAUGUGGAGAAAGGAAAAUUUGGUCCGCGUCCGCAGCAUGUCGCUGCAGUCCAACCGGACAACACUGUGGAAGACCCGACAGCGACCCAAGCAUCACGUGAGGGAGAUCAGGUGGCCGCUGUCCAGCCGCGAAGCAACAACAACUCUCGAAGAAAAGGGAAGGCAAAAACCGCAUCGCCGGCCGGAAACGGACAACAAGCACCAUGGGUCAAGUUUCACUUGACCGAGGCCGAAUACAAGUGGCACGUACCAGCUCCAUUGAUGGACGCCGGAGUAGAGGUUGUCGACCUUCACGACUACGUUGCGAGGAUCAACCGCGAGUUCAAGACACAACGGUUCGGUGAUGGUAUGGUACGGACGGCCACGGUUCAGACUGGUAAUUCCCUGGUUCGACAACGGUUCGGUGAUGGUAUGGUACGGACGGCUACGAUUCGGACUGGCAAUUCCCUGGCUUCAGCAUUGGUACGGUGGCGACACAGGCCUUUAUUGUUUGUGGCGAUUACUUCAGGUGCAAUUAGCAAGAUGGAUCUUACCUCACCAGGCCUUGAGGCUCGGUACCUCGAUUUAGGUACACUCGUGGAGCAGGCAGCAGUUGUGAAGGGUGAUGACGAUGAUGACGAUGAGGGUAUGGGUGUUCGAUCACUGAGUUUUAAGGACAACAUCUUGACGUGUGGAGGCGGCGGAGGUCGGAUCUCGUUUUUUGACCUGCGAAAGGAGUCGUACAUCGCUUUAGAUUCCUCCAGCCCACCGUUGUCAUCGAACGCAGGAACGGUAAAAGCCAACCGUUACCGGGCAUGUUACACAACUGGCAAAGGCUUCCUGGUAUGUGGUUCAUCAGAAACAAUAACCCUGUUUGUCACCCAGCCUGUAUUACAUAUGAAUGCUAUCCACAGGUAACUAUUAGUUAACAGAAGACGAGUUGGAGUCCUCACGGAAUGAUUUGAACAUAACAGAGGUCUGAAUUAGGAGCUACCUAUAAGACAAGACAUAAUACUAAUAGCAAAUAUUAGCAACCCUAUUUUGUCGAAGCAACACUUGAGAAAUGCACUCUCUCUCAUCUCUCAAUCUCUCAAUCUCUCAACCUCUCAAUCUCUCAAACCUCCUCUCGUUUAGUUCCUCUGUCCCUUGGGGCACUCACUGAGAUUGAAGGCCAACCAAUCAAUCACCCAAUGCUGC